GAGAGAGGGGAGAGGAGAGAGAGGGAUUCUCUCUCUAAGUCUCAGCCAUGGAAACCAGAAUCUCUGCCUCUCUAGGCCUCCCGUCAUCAUCUUCUCCUCCUCCUCUCCCAAGCCCCUCACAUUUCCCCAACCUCUUCACCCACUUCACCACCGCCAUAACCACAACCUCGGCCAUGGACUACUCCCAUUCUCGCAAUUUCUCCACUCUCCCAUUCGCUUCGACCUCCACCGCCACAGUCACGGCCACGGCCAGAUCCUCCGCCCCCAAAGUCCGCUCCCUCAUGAAAUCCCUCUCCGUCUUCGAGCGCGCCGUCAUCGGCGCAGGUGCCGGCGGCCUCGCCGGAGCCUUCACCUACGUCUGCCUCCUCCCUCUCGACACCGUCAAGACCAAGCUUCAGACCAAAGGCGCCUCCGAGAUCUACCGCAACGCCUUCGACGCCAUCGCCAAGACCUUCCAGACCAAAGGAAUCCUGGGCUUCUACAGCGGCGUCUCCGCCGUCAUCGUCGGCUCCACCGCCUCCUCCGCCGUCUACUUUGGCACCUGCGAGUUCGGAAAAUCCUUCCUCUCCAAAUUACCCAAUUACCCUCCCCUCCUCAUCCCUCCCACGGCCGGCGCCAUGGGCAAUAUCGUCUCUUCGGCAAUUAUGGUCCCGAAGGAGCUAAUCACCCAGCGAAUGCAAGCGGGAGCCAAAGGCAGGUCCUGGCAGGUCCUUCUACGAAUCCUCGAAAACGACGGCGUUUUGGGCCUCUACGCCGGUUACUCCGCCACGCUGCUGAGGAAUUUACCCGCCGGAGUUUUGAGCUACUCGACGUUUGAGUACCUAAAAGCCGCCGUUUUGAGUCGUACGAGGAAAGCCUAUUUGGAACCAUUUCAGAGCGUGGUCUGUGGGGCCCUCGCCGGGGCGAUUUCCGCCUCCAUUACGACGCCGCUGGACGUCGUGAAGACGAGGCUGAUGACUCAGGAAGGGGUCAACAAAAUGGUUCCCGCCAUGUAUUCCGGUGUCUCGCAGACGGCGAAGGCGAUCCUCAAAGAAGAAGGAUGGGUCGGGCUGACACGUGGCAUGGGCCCCAGAGUUGUUCACAGCGCUUGCUUCUCGGCCAUUGGAUACUUUGCCUUCGAGACGGCGAGGCUGGCGAUAUUGAAUCAGUACAUUAAGCAGAAGGAGUUGCGGGAGUUGGCUGGCUGUUGUUAAUGUUGAUACCUCAUGAUUUGGUAAUGCCAUUGACUUCUAAUUCUAUGUAACGUUGAAUAUGAUCCUAUGAUAUAUUUGCCGCAUUUUGUUUUAGGAAUCCUUUUUGAGAGGAGAUUUUGUAGCUGUUAUUUGAAAUAAAAAAUGCCCACUUAAAAUUACUCUCUUUUGUAAUUUGUAAAUUUUUAUUGUUUAGUUGCUCAGAUUCGAUUGGAAUUGGAUACAUCCUGAUUUGGUAUUAUGGCUAUUAGCCAUUGAUUUCUAUAUAACAUAAAUGCAUUCUGGCUCAUUUUGUUUCAACCCUUUUGAGAGGAGAUUUUGUAGUUUUUUGAGUAACAAAUGCACACAAAAAUACUCUAUUCUGUAAUUUGGCUUUUCCUAAUGUUUGGGAAAUGUUAAAUG